CAGUUCCCACCCAGUAUCCCCCUCAUCCACCCCCCUUUUCACAUCAGGUGACAGCAAGCAGCCUUCCAGUCCUCACGUCCCUUCUCUCACUUUAGCUCCGGAGAGGGCAACGUCUUACACAGACCCCCAACAGGGAAACCAGAAAGGCUCUGUGAGGUGGUGGCAUCCACCACAAGAAGCUGUCAACCAUUGUCUUCAACCUGCGUCGGGAUCAGAGGAGACUUGUGGAACAGAGUGGAGAAAGCCAGCCACAUCAUGGCAUCCCCGACACCCGCACUCCCACAGUCCUUCACUCCAGGGACCGACAGUGUCUUCUCUGACCUGUCUGGCUUCUACUCCCUAGACUCCAAUGUCCCUGGGCUCUCAAAAGUGAUUCUUGAUAAACUCAACAUGAAGGACUAUGGAGAUUACAGGGCUGCUGUUGAAGGAAAGAUUAAGGGAAUCUCAUUCCGCAACUACAAGGAGAUGUUCCAAAGGCUGGAAGAUACCUUCAAGUUCUGCACAGGCUGCAACAAACUCCCCAAACAUCUGACUGAGGGAAACACCCUAAAGCGCUGUGUGAAGUGCUUGAAUGUGUACUACUGCACAAAAGACUGCCAGACACAGGACUGGCCCCAGCACAAAAAGGUCUGCAAGACCCUUCGACUGGUGGCUGUUGACAGACUUGUGGAAUGGUUGAUGUUCACAGGAGAUCUCCCAUUCCCCACAGAGAAGUGGUCCAUGUCACCUGCUGAUGUGAAGAGCUGGGACGACUGGCUUUCUAUGCAGGUGGACCUCGCCAAACAUCUGGACAAAGUUGUGUCUGGUUCCAGCAUGGCGACACUUUGGAAGAACGUCAGUAGGCCCAAACCAGAUGACGAGGAUUUAAGAAAGUCAUUAUGGCGAAUUCAGAGCGAGUUCCUCUCUCGAGUUCUCACAGUUGGAACAGCCAUCCAGCGCUUUGGCUUGGACCCAUAUGUUAAGCCACUCACUGUUCACCUAGCUGGAGCUUCCCACAGUGAGACAAUGGGAGCCAGGUUGACGGACUACGACGAGCUGAGCCACAUGUUCCCAGGACACCAGGGCAUAGAGGUAGUGAUGGUGGGACCAGAGGUGGUGGACGGCCCCAUCACGAGGCCUCCACUCAGAGCCUUUGGACCCAAACAGAGGGUCUACAUCAGCACCUAUAAGGGCCUCUACCACCAGUUCUGGGAGGAUGUUGUUGAGAAGGAGGAAGCAGCCAAGCCAGACCUGGUGAUCACUUUUCAUCCUGGGUUCCACGCCAACCAGGGUUUGGUAGAGGGCUGGCUGCCCACCCUCCUUCUGCUCAGGGACUACAACAUCCCUUCUUUCCUCACCAUGUUUAGUGAGAUGGAGCUCAAGUAUUCAUUGCAGAUCCUUUUGGAGCUGGAGAUGCACAUCAGAGAGAGUGGACUCAAUCCGUUCGCCUCACAGAAACCGGAGCAGGUCCAGUCCAGUCCCAACAAACCCCCCGUCUACUGCAACUCUUAUUACAUCUGCCUCCAGGGUCUGCUGCCUCAGGAGGACUCACACACACCAGGUGCUGAGAGUUAACAGCCCACCAUUAGGCCCAUUAAUGACAAUCUGAGCUUUUAUGAUGUCCUGAGGUCUGCUGGGGGUGUGUGUGUUCCACUUAACUCGGCUGCCACACAAAUACAGACUGAUGCUGAUUAGUUUGAGAAUGUACCGUUGCUGCUUCUAAUGAAUCCUCAGUCCCACCCUUUGAAUUGCAAUGCAAUAAAUUAAUGAGGCAGAUUAAAGCAAUCCCUCCAAGCUAAUUUUCUUUGAUGGUGUCACCAGGAGGCCCCAAAGGUUUCUUCUCUGCUGGCGCCCUGAGCUAACGUGGUUGUUGGAUUCAAAGGGUCACUGUUAUGCACGCAUAAUGAAACCACAAUUAGUUCUGUCAUCACUUGACAGCUUCCUGUGAUUCGUUCCGCAGAUAAAGCAAUUCCCAAAUCUCAGUACAGCUGCAUGGCGGCAGAUCAUACGCAUACUAAUGUGAUGUGAUCUAAGACGUUUAUGACCACUAUUAUUAUUGACAUUCAUUACCACUAUUAAUAUUGUUGUUGUUGUAAUAUCACUCUGUUAACUAAACUCUGGAGGAUUUACAUGAACAUGUUUGUAGGAACUGACUGUAAAUUGUUUCAAAAGCUUAGAUUUGAUAUUUUUCUGUAUUAUUUAGCAGAACCAAAACACAGUAUACCUACUUCGCCUAAUUUAGUCUAAAAUCAAACAAAAGCAAGUAAAAUGUUUACAAUUUCAUUCAUUUCAUUUGAGCUCACGCUCUUUAUUAUAUUAUAAAAUACUGGGCAAGAUGGAGUACUUGUUCUUUACUGCCACAUUAAAAAGAGGCACUAUAUGAGUCCCAGAUCAUUACCAGAAGCUGGUUCUAUGUGUUAGAGUUCAUUUGUCUGUAAAUGGCACCGCUCCAGCGAUAAAGCUAAUUAAAUAUGUAUUAGGGGACGACCCAGGUGGCUCAUCUGUGUUAUCAAGAAGAUCAACACAAGGGAUGUUAAUGCCACUUUAGCAUAAUCUCUGAAUCAAUAGUAAACAUUUCUUCAUUGUUUUCCUAGUGAUCACAUUUUACAAGUGUGUAUAAAUGGGUGCCGUGAACAUAUUCCAGUAGGAGAUGGUAAAAAUAAAUGAUUGUGUCUGAAGUA